UCUGCCCCUUCAGAAAAGUAACCAUCAAAGAAGUAAUUUUGUGAAAAUAACCAUGAGCCGAACAGAAAAAGAACGAACCAAGGCUCUUCAAGAAAAAUUCCAAGCUGUGUUAUCUAGUCUUUUAAAAGAUGAAGAUAACAAGUAUUGUGUCGAUUGUGACGCUAAAGGGCCACGUUGGGCUUCUUGGAAUUUGGGAAUAUUUUUAUGUAUACGUUGUGCUGGUAUCCAUAGAAACCUAGGCGUCCAUAUUAGCCGUGUUAAAUCUGUCAAUCUAGACACUUGGCAACCAGAUCAAGUAGCGAUGAUGCAAGAAGUGGGCAAUAGUCGAGCUAGAGCUGCCUAUGAAGCGGAAUUACCAGACAACUACAGAAGACCUCAGACAGACUCUGCAUUAGAGUCAUUUAUAAGAGCUAAAUAUGAACAUAAGAAAUAUAUAGCUAAAGAAUGGGUACCACCUAAACCAACUGUACCAAAAGAUUGGGUGGAAGAUGAUAAAGAAAAAAAGAAACCAAAAUCUAAACCAUCAUCAUCUUCAAUACAACUCAAUGCUGCACCUCGAUCCUCCACAUCAGCCAAAGUGGAAAAAAAAGCAGCUAAUGCAGAUUCUCAGUCGAAACUGAUAGAAAAGAAAUCACCACCUUCUCGACCUGUUGUUACUGGAGCAGCAGCAGAUCUUAUGGGUUUAGAUUUUUCAUUCUUAAGUACACCACUAUUAUCUAGCAAUAAUGCCGAAGCAUCAAAUACAAGUACACCAUCAUCAAAUGGAGAUUUGUUUGAUAUAUUUGGAUCUCAACCUGCCGGUCAACCACCAGUCUCUCAACCGGCACCAGUAAAUGGAACAAAUGUUGGUAAUACAUUCAUAGAAAAUACUCCACAACAGAAUGGAAGUACACCAGAAGAAAGUUUAUUUGAUGAUGGACCAAGUAAAGUAACUGAGAAAUCCACUAAAGAAUCUAUAUUAGCACUAUAUGGUAGUAGUAAUAAUCAACAACAACAAAUGUUUGGUGUACCUGGGUAUAAAAAUGUAAUGGUAAUGGCUACUUCACCUAAAAGUCCAUCUUUGCCAAAAGGAUUUGAACUGAACACACCACCGGCAGGCAUGCCAUGUUUUCAGUAUUAUCCGAUGCCAAAUUCAUACUUUUCUUAUGAUACUAAUUUAGGUGGUAUGUACAUGCCCCAACAAAUGCCACAACAGAACAUGGGAAUGUUUAGUGGUGGGGCUGGUGGUAAUAUGAUGGGACAACCACAACAGGGUAUGCCAGCUAUGGGACAACAGCAACAGCAAGCCAUGCAAUAUGGAAAUAUGGGAAUGCAACAGCCAAAUAUGUAUGGAAUGGGUCAGAUGUCUGGUAUGCAACAACCAGGUAUGAUGGGUAAUCAAGGUCAUAUGAUGGGUGGUAACCAAAUUAACAUGAUGGCUGGCAACCAGGGUAAUAUGAUGCAGGCUAAUAUGUAUGCUCAACAGCAGCAGAUGCAGCAACAGCUCCAAAUGCAACAAAUGCAACAACAAAUGAAUGCCAUGAAAGUAGGAGGCAAUGUGUCAGGAAUGGCUGCACAAUCAGUACCAGGAGGGUGGGCAACGGGUGCCAGUUCAGGACAGACAUUAUCAAACAAUCUAUGGCAAUGAUUUAUUAGGACAGACACUAGUCAUUUAAAAAAGCUGGUAUUAAAUUUGCAUUCCAUCAUUUUGUAAUGUGUUCACUUACCUCCAGUUGAUCAUAAAAAAAUUCUUUGACAGAAACUACAAGUUCAAAGACUAAAGGUCAAGGUUGGAUUCAGUUGAAUAAAUUAAAAUAUCAUAAAAGGAAUGAAUUACUCCAGAAAAGGAACAAGAAGAACUAUAUUUUCAAGUAUAAUAAAAAAAACAAUAGGACUAUUUAAAUUUUUAUUAUGUUUCUCAUGUGUACUGUUAGGUAUAGUUUAAUAAUAAUAAAUAGGUAAAUAUGUAUAAUAGAUUUAUAACAAGUCACAUAUCGUAUAUUAUAAUAGAGAUGUUUUUUUCUUGUCUUGUCAAAUUUUUGUCACUCCAGUAUCUUUCCUUUAAAAAGGCAUUGGCUAGCAUUUAUGAGUGAGUAAAAUCUUAAUAUCUUACUAUCUGAACGAAAUCUUAAUCUUCAUAUUGAAAGUCUGUGUGUAUUUGGUAUCACACAAAGAAAAAAAGGCUAAAUAAAAGCUGUUAUCUCUAGCUUAUUUUAUUAGAAUUAAAGUAUUGUGUUAUUAUUUAUGGAAGGUACUGGGUAAUAGGAACUAGACAAUAUUCAUGUGAUAUGUCAGUCAUUUGGUGCACAAAUAAACUGAAUUCAAGUUCAAAUCAUGUAAGUUAUACAUUUACUUUCAUGAUAUAUAAUUUAAUGUGCAAUGUCUGUUUUCAUUAAGCUGUGCUUAUUUCAUAUCUUUUUGUUUGUGUGUAGCUUUGAUUAAAAUAUAGUUUAAAAUGUAGUCCCAAAAUUAGUUUUUUGUGCUGUGUGGUUUGUAUAUAUGUCGUUUGUGCCAAUUAAUUAUAAAUUAAGAGUUUAGAAAAAGAUCAAUAGAGACAUUGGCAUUAGACAGAAAAGUGAUCAGACAUAGCAAUAUGCAGCUGUUAUAAUAACUCUGGGAUUGAGUCAAAUUGUCAUUUUGGUCUUCAGCUUAGGUCUUAAAUAAGUUAGUUUAUUUAUCCCUAUAUUCAAGCCCAGCAACUAUAAAUGUCUAAAAGCAUUAUGCAGUCAAUUACUGUGGAACAUACAUGAGAACAUUGCAAUGGACAUAACAUCUGAUUGAUUAAUUAAUCCGUCUUUAACACGAUUCCUAAAUACCUCAUUUAAAUGAUUGAGGACAGCAGAUUUGAGACUGCUUUGGAUGGAAUUUUAAUUGUUUUCAUUCUUAUAUCAGUUGAACAAGUAUGAAAUUACUUUUAUUUAUUAUACAGUCGAUUUAUUUGUUGUUUGUUUAUAUAUUAAUGUUAUGCUUUCUAAAUAUUGUAAAUAUAAAAAUGUUUUUCCCAAAAAAAAGGGGAACACACAAAAUGUAUUAUUAUAUGGAUGUAAAUAUAAGAAAUAGAUGUUGUAAACUAAUAUUAAAUAGGAUUAUAUGUAUAUAGCCGUCUAUUGUUAUUAGUGGUAUUGCAAUAUCCGAUUUAAAACUUCAUUAGUAUAAACAUGAAAUUCAAUAAAUCUAGGGUACAUUUUCAGUUUCUAUUUUUCAUUGUCGACUUCUAAAGUAUUAUUUUAUAAGUACAUGUACCUUAUAGGACAUUAAAAUGGACAUUUAUAAUUUAUAAAUUAAAAUAUCUAUUUGUUAAUAAAUUUAUUUUUAGAAAAACAAUGACUUCCAAUCAUUAACAAGCUGGACAAAUUUUCCAAAGUUAUUUAUCUUAUCUUCGUUGUUAAUGGAAUCAAUACAUGUAUAUUAGCAUAUUAAAUGGUUUGAAAUCAGUAUUAAAUUUAAUGUCCAUUUAAUAACAUUUUGAAAGCUCAUAAAAGACAAUUGUUGAUGAAUUCUGGUUGGUGUGUUCUCAUCAAAUUACAUAUAAGCCGAGGCACCCACUGUGAAAAUGUUCAAAAUUUAAGAAGUGUCAUGUUCGGGAUGGUAUUAGCAUACAUGUACUUAAAUAUGUAUAUGAAGGAAUGUACAUCUGUGUUUCCAUGACAGUUUCACACAACAACUUUGUUCUUUUUAUAGGAAGUGAAAAAUUUAAUACCACUGAUCCUAUAGGGCAGUCAAAUUUAAAGUUCAUAGAUACCACCAUACAUUUAGCAAUAGUAUGCUUUUAUGCCUAAACUUUACCAGAAAGUUGUGGUAAGUGGAAAACAUACUAUAACACUACAUGAAUACUUUUUAUAUAAAUUUAAAUGACUGUCUAGAUAAACUGUGGUGUAUGUAAAGAAAUGGCUGAGAACGUGUUAAUAUUUUGAGUUUAGUCUGUUUAUGGAAGUUCAUUAAUUAAUCAUUAUAACACUUUGUAGAAAUUUCAUCAUCAGUAUAUAUAUAUAUUAUGCACAUUAAAAAUGAUAUAAGUUUCCACAUCUAAACUUGUUUUAUGUAUUGUAUAUUAUGUUAUCGUUAUAGAUUUUAAAAUGGUUUAUACUUAACUUAAUAUAUUAAAGAAUUGUAUUGUUAUUACCAAGGGAGAAGUGGUCAACUACACAAAAAGAAAUAUUUUAAAACGUAUAUAGUUAGUUGUGUUAUUGUAUCUAGAUCAUCAUUAAUUCACAAUUAAGCACAAAUAAAAUGUUUUUGACUGUUUAAUGUCGUUUCAAAGAAUGUGUUAUUUGAAAUCUAAACCAUAGAAAUGCUUUCUUAAGGCGUUAGUGCAUCUGCUAUUCUGCUUACUUUAUUUGGACUUUUUUACCAUGACUAUACACUUUGUUACUAAAUAGAAAUAAGCAGGAGAUUCCACUUGAGUUUAGAUUUUAUUACUGUUUGACCCUUAGUUUAUAGUGGGCGGUUGGGUGGCCGAAUGGUGGAAACAUGCACAUUGGAUCAUAACUUCAGUCAUUGAGUCAAGUGACACACAUGGUUUCAAUUUCCGACUUCUACAUGUCGAGGGGAACUAUUUCUCUCUCUUAUAUUGAUAUUGGCUUUCUGUGGUAUUUAUAUACCCUUUGGAUUCACUAACAAAAACCCAAUUCUUUCUGAUGCUUAUUUCAAUGUGUGUCUUAAAAAUAUUUUAAAAGUAGUAUUCUGAAAAUUGUUCAAUAUGAUUUAAAACAUUCUCAAAUCUUCUAUUAAAUGAGAACAUGAUUAGUCGUCUUUAUAGAUCGCCCAUGUUGAGUAUUUAUUACACAUGUAUUUUUGUUCACUUUGUGUCUAUUAAUUUAAUAUACUGCUUGUAAUAUAUAAUUUACAGUGUAUAUAAUUUAAUGUGGUGGAAAUAAAAAACUGUAAUAUAUUA